AUGCUCGCGUCUUACGCUCGUCUCUUUGCCUCCGUGUGCGCUCUCGCCAGCACCGCGGCGGCACUCACCCCACUCGAAGUCAGCGGCAAGGACUUUGUCGAUUCGAAGACCAAGGAUCGUUUCCAGAUCAUCGGUGUUGAUUAUCAGCCUGGUGGCUCGUCGGGUUUCACCUCGAAGCUGGAUCCUCUGAGCGAUCCUGAUAUCUGCCUGCGUGAUGCUGCCCUCAUGCAGCGCCUAGGUAUCAACACGAUCCGUGUGUACAAUCUAGAGCCCUCCCUCAACCAUGAUGAGUGCGCAUCAAUCUUCAAUGCCGCCGGUAUCUACAUGAUCCUCGAUGUUAGCAACCCCCUGCAGGGUGGCUAUCUGGACCGUGCUGCUCCCUGGACCACCUACAGCGCCAUCUACUAUAAGCAGGUGUUCGGCGUUAUCGAGGGUUUCAAGAACUACGAUAACCUGCUGGGUUUCUUCGCUGGAAACGAGGUCAUCAACGAGGAGGCUCACUACUUGGCUCCCAAGUACGUUCGCGCCAUCGUUCGUGAUAUGAAGGAUUACAUCGCCAAGAACUGCGAUCGUGCUAUUCCCGUUGGAUACUCCGCUGCCGAUAUCCGUAACAUCCUGAUGGACACUAUCCACUACUUUGAAUGUGAUCUCAAGAACUCGACCUCUUCCCGCGCCGAUUUCUUCGGUCUCAACUCUUACUCUUGGUGUGGCGACUCCUCCUACAAGUCCAGCGGCUUUGAUGUUCUGACCGAGGAUUUCACCAACGCUACCAUCCCCGUUUUCUUCUCGGAGUACGGCUGCAAUGAAGUCAGGCCCCGCAUCUUCACCGAAGUUCAGGCCCUCUAUGGCGUCGAGAUGACCCAGGCCUUCUCCGGUGGUCUUGUUUACGAGUGGACCCAGGAGGACAAUGAUUACGGUCUGGUCAAAGUCAACAAUUCUGACACCGUGACUACUCUUGUCGACUAUGACAACUUCCAAAAGCAACUUAGCAAGCUAGACAUCGAGCGCAUCAUGUCGAGCAAUCUCACGCAAACCAAUGUGAAGGCUCAGCAGUGCAGCACCUCGCUUAUCCGCCGGAAGUCCUUCUAUAACGCCUGGGAUUUACCCGACGUGCCCUCGAAAGUCUCGGACUAUAUUAAGAACGGCCUGCCUGAUGCCCCGUCUGGCAAAUUUGUCUCUGUUUCUUCCACUACCAUCCCCCAGAAGGUGUACGACCACACUGGCAAGGAGAUCAAGGGUAUCAAGUUCGAGGUGAAGAACGGUGUCAACACCCCUUCUUCCUCUGGAUCCAGCGCGUCCGAUUCCAGCUCUGAUGAUUCAACUUCCACCAACGCGGCCUCCCCUAACGGCAUCCCUUCAGUCGCCCUUGGUGGUAUGGGAGUUUUCUUUAUGUUGCUUGCAUCUCUUCUAUGA